AUGGCAAAGUUAGAAACGUGCAGGUCUACUAAUGGAAACGCUGCAGUUUUAGAGGAAUGUUCUAAGUGGAAGAGAAGAGCAAGCGUAAGCGGACUCUGUUCCAGGGACGAUCGCUGUAGUGAGAUGACAGGACUCACAGAAGUAAAUCAAUUAACCGACAAUUAUAUAAUUACUGGACUAGAUCGGGUCGCUAUACAAUUACUCUGUUUCCUGACUGGAUACAGAGAGAGAGAGAGCCGUAAUGAAAGAGCGAAGACGAAGGGUACAGUGGCCGAAGACUACAAUAGAGGCACCACUCAGCACCUGAUGAGAUCCGCUCCAUUGUCUAGAGUCGAUAGUGCUUCUUCUUUCUCUCUUCCACCUCUUCUCGAGGGCUUAUAAAUUCCACUUCUCCCUCCAGUCGAUGACGAUUCCUAUCUGGGAUGAGCUAUUUCCAGAGGGAGCUCCUGGAGAACUCUUCAGAAGUCUUUGCAUUCACAAAGAGCCUCUCCAAGACCAUUGUGUAACGUUUAGUCUAAGUUGCUCUAACAAUUAUUAUUAUUUAUGAAUAUGGCUCGAAUUCGAAGGAUUUCUCUAGUUUUGUAUGUUUAUGAAAAAAUAGAGAUCUCGAAAGAAUUUUGUUCUUGAUCUUGGAU